AUGAUUGAACACUAAAAGAAAACAAACAACAUCCGAUUGUUUUCGAUCAGCGGCGUUUCCAGAGCUCAGAGCAUCAACAUUAACUCGAAACUCGCCUUGAACACUGUUCCGCGUUUUUCUCCUAACUAAUCAAUACACUACUCCCCUAUUAUUAACUUUGCAUCAUGGGCCGUCGAAAGAGUAAGAGGAAACCUCCAUCAAAGAGGAAGGCGAUUAUGCCUUUGGACACACAAUUUAACUGCCCCUUUUGCAAUCACGAAAUGUCUUGCGAAGUUAAAAUGGACAAGGCCAGAAACACAGCUCGAAUAUCAUGCCGGGUUUGUAUGGAAGACUAUCAGACCACCAUCACUUUCCUCUCUGAACCAGUUGAUGUGUACAAUGAUUGGAUUGACGCUUGUGAAACUGCGAACUGAUCUCCGGAUGUCCGUAUUCCAAAUUUAUCAAUCUGUAUAAUAUUCAUUUUAAUGAUUUAAGAGAAAACUUAAUAGCUUAUAAAAUAACAUUUUCUAAUAUGCAGUAAGAAAAUAGCCCAAAAUAAUGUGACAGUUAAGAA